UCUGCCGGGAAACAAUUUUCAAGUGUUACAUGGCCGAAGUGGCCACUCUCGCAAAUACCGUUGUCAAGAAGACUAGAAGCAAUCCCUCCUUGACAUGGCAAUUCUUCAAGUACCAUCUUUCCUCUCCUGCCACUUUCAAAUCCUGUCUUCAGUCCAUUUCCGCCAUUGCGCAAACUCUUGUUCGCGCCAAAAUGCUACCUGAAAUCGACCAACUCCACCAACUCCUCCUCCUUCAGCCCCCUGAAACUUCCCGCCUCUCUCUUACUACUCUCGCUCAAAUCUCAGCGAAAUUGGGGCUACUCGAUAAGGCCCUCUCUCAGUUUCAAUCUCUUCGAAGUCAAUUCCCCACUGAACCUCCUCCUGUUCGUCUAUACAAUGUGCUUCUUGAGUCCUCCCUUCGAGACAAUCGGCUAGAACUUGUUUCUGAGCUAUACAAAGACAUGCUUAUUGCCGGAGUUUCACCAGAGACUUAUACCUUUAAUAUCUUGAUAUCUGCUCUUUGUGAUUCAGGUCGUUUGGAAGAUGCCCAAAAAUUGUUUGACAAAAUGCAUGAGAAGGGGUGCAAGCCGAACGGGUUCAGCUUUGGGAUUUUGAUUCAUGGGUAUUGCAGAGCUGGCAUUAGUUCUCGGGGCCUGGAGCUUUUGGAUGAGAUGAGGAGAGUUGGAUGUUCUGCUAACACAGUAAUUUACAACACUUUGAUCUCUAGUUUCUGCAAGGAGGGCAGGAUUGAAGAAGCUGAGAGAUUGGUUGAGAGGAUGAGAGCAGAUGGGCUCUUUCCCAAUGUUGUUACCUUCAAUGCCAGGAUUUCAGCUCUUUGUGGUUUAGGGAAGAUCCUAGAAGCUUCUAAAAUUUUUAGAGAUAUGCAGGAUGAUGAAUUGGGGUUGCCUAAGCCUAACCAUAUCACAUGCAACAUAAUGCUAAGAGGCUUUUUCCAGGGAGGGAUGUUGGAUAAGGCUGACCUUUUGAUCGAGUCUAUGAAUAAAGAUGGUUUUAUGAAGUUGGAGAGUUAUAAUAUAUGGUUGAUGGGUUUGGUGACGAAUGGUAAGCUACUGAGGGCACGAUUGGUGCUUACGGAGAUGGUUGACAAGGGCAUAACUCCAAAUAUUUACUCAUACAACAUAUUGAUUGAUGGGUUGUGCAAGAGUGGGAUGAUCUUGGAUGCAAGAAUGGUGUUGGGUUUGAUGAUUAGUAAUGGUAUUUCACCAGAUACUGUAACAUAUAGUAUCUUGCUCCAUGGAUAUUGCAGUAAAGGGAAGGUUUUAGAUGCCAAUAAAAUUCUCCAUGAAAUGAUGAGGAAUGGGUGUUAUCCAAACACUUUUACUUGCAAUAUUUUGUUGCAAAGUCUAUGGAAAGAAGGGAAAACCUCCGAAGCUGAGAAAUUGUUACAGAAGAUGAAUGAGAGAGGGUAUGUUUUAGAUAUCGUGACCUGUAAUAUAGUAAUUGAUGGUCUCUGCAGAAGUGGGAUGUUGGAUAAGGCCAUUGAGAUUGUGGAUGAGAUGUGGGUUCAUGGAAGUGCUGCCCUUGGCGUACUUGGAAACUCAUUUAUUGGGCUAGUAGAUAAUAAUAAUAAUAAAAGGAAGAAAUGCUUGCCUGAUUUGAUCACAUACUCAACUAUAAUUGAUGGGCUAUGCAAGGCUGGAAGGAUGCAUGAAGCUAAAAAUAAGUUCAUCGAGAUGGUGGGGAAAAAGGUGGAGCCUGAUUCAAUUAUUUAUGAUACCUUUAUACAUGGUUUCUGUAAACAUGGAAAACUCUCAUCAGCAUUCCGGGUUCUGAGAGACAUGGAGAAAAAGGGUUGCAAGAAGAGUACUCGAACAUACAACCCAUUGAUCUGGGCUCUGGGUAGUAAACAUCAAGUAGAUGAAAUGUAUAAAUUGAUGAACGAGAUGAGAGAAAGUGGGGUUUCUCCUGAUGUCUUCACCUAUAAUAGUAUUAUUAGUUCUCUCUGUGAAGUAGGGAGGACACAAGAUGCUACAUCUCUCUUAGAUGAAAUGUUGCAGAAGAGUAUAUUUCCUAAUGUUUCUUCUUUCAAGUUGUUAAUCAAAGCCUUCUGCAAGGCUUGUGAUUUUGGAGCAGCACAGGAGGUUUUUGAAUUUUCUGUAAGUAUAUUUGGCCACAAGGAAGCACUAUAUGACAUAAUGUUCAAUGAGUUACUUGUUAGAGAGAAAGUUUCAGAAGCUAAGGAACUACUUGAAGCUGCAAUAGAUAGAGGUUUUGAUUUGGGGGGAUUUUCCUAUACAUCUCUAGUUGAAAGGCUAUGCAAAGAAGAAAAGUUAGAAGGAGCUCAUGAUAUCCUUAGUAGGAUGAUUGACAAGGGAUAUCAGUUUAAUCCUGCAUCAUUUAUGCCAGUAAUUGAUGAGUUAGGUAAAAGGGGAAAGAAACAUGAGGCUGAUGAACUUGCAGAGAAGAUGAUGGAAAUGGCUUCAGAAGGAAGAGUCACAAAUAAGCCUUAUCACAAGCGAUGUUACAAGAAAAAAUUGAAACAUAGUGAAUUAGAAAAAGUGUGUGGUGAAAGUGAUUGGAAGAAUCUAUUGCACAGAGAUGAUGGGAGCAGAAUAGCAAUAAAAGUUCUUAAACGGGUGCAAAAAGGCUGGGGUCAAGGCAGUAUAUUAAGUGUGCAACCCCAAAAAAGUGAUUUUCUUGACUACUGGGAAGGCACUGGGUAGUUUUCUGUUUUGUGGGGUAAAUGCCAAUGUUUAGAUUAUAGAAAGGAACUAGCAGGAGACAAAGAAUGAGACCAUGGGAAGAAUGGAAGACUAAUAAUUUGCUUUGUUCAUAACUUGCAUUAACAUGCCAGUGACAAAUGGCUGGCUAAUGACUGACUGCACUCAUCAAUCUCUGAUUUGAAGCUGAACUGGUGAAGGCAUCUCUUGUCUGCCAUCAUCUUUUUCAAAUACUCGUGACUGGUUUUUCUGAUCAUUUGACCUGAGGCAGGGUUUUCUUGCAUUGUUAUUCAUGGAAAUUGCUCUGUCAUUGGACCCUAUGUCAGUGCAGCAUGAAGCCAAGUUGGAGGUCAUCAUCUUGCUCAUCCGGAGAAAGGAUGUGAAUCAAUAGGGUAACAUUUGACUUGACAUCUUUCUUCUUAAGAAAUUUCAGUUCUCCCCUCUAAGCAAAACCUUGAGAAACAAAAAACCAAAACAUUAUGCAUAAAACACAUCAAACCUAGAUAGCCAUUGGAUAUAGGACAUCCAAAACUAUAGUCUCUGGGUGCCUACUACAUCUGGAGAAAGGAUGUGAAUCAAUAGGUUUUCCGUCUGUUGUGAGCUGUUUUCUACUGUAUGGAUCGCUCGGAGUUCUAAAGCAGCAGAGACUGAGAAGUGAAGAACGUGAUUUGGAUAAUCCCUUGGAUUCAGUUUGGACUGCCAUCUCAGCUGUCAUGAUCAAGUACCAUAGAAUCAGCACCUGAAGAUUGUAUAUUUGUAUUUAUAAUUUUGUCCAAAGAGAAAAACGUAGCAACUUGGUUAAUUGCAGAAAUAUCAAAAGUUUUUACAUG